AUGCGCCAUUUCCGAUUCGAGGAAAAAGAAAACGACAUUGAAGAAAGGUACUCUCAAAGGAUCUUCUGAGAUUGAAAUCUGUUCAACAUUUCUUCUUAAUUUCACGUACGAUAGCUGGUAAUUGACUGACUCAUUGAUUGAUCAGUGGUAAAGUUUUGCGUGAUCGUGACUGUUGGAUUUGACGUUGUAAAAGAAAGUGUCGCAGUACUGUGUGUACCGUGUGCGUGAUUCGGAUCUAAAUCUUAAUUCUUUUUAGUGCGAUCAAUUUUAAUUUAAAAUUUAGUUAUAUUAGGUUACAAAAACAUUGAUACCAUUCAUUUUAUCAAAAAAAGUGUCAUUUGGAACAGUUAUUAUUUUACGAAAAGUGGUAAAAAUAUUCUUCAAACAGAAAAAAAAGGGAAUGUGAAAAAAUCAACAAGCUUCAUAGAGUCGUGUAUCUGCCUGUGUGUACCAACCGGAGCUGUCAUAAAUGUACACAUUCUAUAUAGAUUGCACGAUCUAUGCUCGGUUAGUGGGCCGAUUUACUGAAGACAAGUGAUCGUAUUUGACGCGCGGCAGUGAAUUGACAUUAAUCAUCGUCGCGCGGUGUUGUGCGCUCAUCGACCGUCUAAAGAGCUAGUGCCGCAUUCUUAUUCGACGGCGAGCUUCCUUACGUAGCAGGUGAUCAUGGCUAAUCGGGGUACAGCCCAGAGGCCGAAUGGUUCGACACAAGGAAAAAUUUGUCAAUUUAAGCUGGUAUUACUUGGAGAAUCUGCUGUGGGAAAAUCAAGUCUUGUUUUGAGGUUUGUUAAAGGACAGUUCCAUGAGUAUCAAGAAAGUACUAUUGGAGCUGCAUUUUUAACACAAACUGUAUGUUUGGAUGAUACAACUGUAAAAUUUGAGAUUUGGGAUACUGCAGGGCAGGAACGUUAUCAUAGUCUUGCACCAAUGUAUUAUCGUGGUGCACAAGCAGCUAUUGUUGUAUAUGAUAUAACAAAUCAAGAUACAUUUGUACGUGCCCAAACGUGGGUGAAGGAAUUGCAACGACAAGCCAGUCCAAGUAUAGUUAUAGCAUUAGCUGGAAAUAAAGCUGAUCUUGCAAAUAAAAGAAUUGUAGAAUUUGAUGAAGCUCAAACUUAUGCUGAUGAAAAUGGCCUUCUUUUCAUGGAAACUUCAGCUAAAACAGCAAUGAAUGUUAAUGAUAUAUUUUUGGCAAUUGCUAAAAAACUUCCAAAGAAUGAACAAUCAGGAAGUGCAAGUACAAGUGGUCAAGGUCGUCGAUUGGUUGAGACAGAAGGACAAAAGGCAGCAACUGGCAAUUGUUGCAAGUGAUUAUCCAAAUCUAUUUGUACUAUAAUCUACAAAUAUAAAUACACCAUGAGUGUGUCUGCAAUGAAUAUAUAUUUGAAUGGAAAAUAAAACAAUGGAAAAAACCACUAUAAUGGAAUGGGAGGUGAACUGUGCAAGAUAAACAUUUUUCUUGAGUGAUUAAUAAAAAAAAUGCGUGUAUCACAUUACAUUCGACGAUAUAUCAUCUAUUUUGAGUAUCAGAUCUAUCAAAAAAAGAAGAAAAAGAGAGAGACAGAGACAGAUGAAGCUCCCAUUUGUAAUGCUAGUAGUAAUGGGCGGUGUUCGUUAUAAAUAUAUAAAUAUAUAUAUAUAUAAAUUGUAUUUAUAUAUAUAUUCAUAUAUAAAUACAAUUAUAAUAUAAAUCAUAUAUAAUAAAUAUGAUUUAUGUAAUAAGUAAUGUUAAUGGUAAUAAGUAAUAAUAAUAUUAAUGAUAAUAUUGAUAUAUAAAUAAUAAUAACAUUAAUAUUAGUAAUGAUAAUAUACAUUUAAAACAUACAAUGUAUGAUGAAAUUUUGGCACGCAAAACAUCUUGUAAGAUAGUAGGCCAUUCCUGCUGCUAUGAUUACCUAUGUAUUUACUUUCUUAGUUUGUAAACAUGUAUAACAAAUUUUUGCUCCGAAAUAUAUUGUAUAUUAAUUUUAUUAUAUAAUAAUUCAUGAUAAAUUAUAAAUGAUUACGCAAGAAAAAAUAAACUUGUGAAUAUUA